AUGUCACGCCAAUCCACAUUCCCGUCGCCCACGGUCUCGGGCCUGAUCGCCGAAACGGAAGGCACGGUGCCGCCGUUGUCGAACGGGCGUGCUCGUACACCGGCUCGGAGACGCAGUUCGGGAUCGCUCGACUCGGCCGCGGCGGUCGACCCGAAAAAGACGAUAAGGUUGCCUGGCGGAGUUACUGUGACGAGACCGGUGUUUGAACCCAACAAGUCCCUGUACAAGAGGGUACCUCGUAGGUCCAGAUGGGGUCGUGUAGACUGGUAUGCACGGCGCUGAUCGGUCGGUGAUCGCGGACGGAUUCACUUCGCAGCCCAUCUGUUGCUACCCGAUGGUACUCCCAACUACCUCCCCCUCUGUCUCACCUCGAACGUCUACUCGAUCCUUCCCCCAAGUGGCACACCCUUGACCGUCGCCCCCGCGGUGAGUUGGGUGAUCGAGUGCCCCCCCCCCCUUCGCAAUCGAGCCCUGACUCUUGAUCUCGAUCCUUUCUUCCAGCUCUCGGCCCGACUAGGUAACCAAGUCCUCUUCAAGCGCGAAGACCUGACCCCCGUCUUCUCCUUCAAGUUGCGCGGUGCGUACAACCUCAUGAAGCAACUCUCCUCCGACGAACGGUGGCGAGGCGUCGUCGCUUGUUCGGCGGGCAAUCACGCGCAGGGGGUUGCGCUAUCGGGUAGGGAAUUGGGUAUCGCGUGCACGAUCGUCAUGCCUCUCAAUACGCCUUCGAUCAAGUACAUGAAUGUAGAUCGCUUAGGAGCCAAGGUCGUAUUGCAUGGAGCGGAUUUUGACGAAGCGAAGAAGGAAUGCGAUCGAUUGGCCAAGGUCCACGGAUUGACCAUCAUCCCUCCCUUUGACGAUCCUUACAUCAUCGCCGGGCAAGGCACAGCCGCCGUCGAGAUUCUGAGGCAGACGGAUGUGAAUCAGCUCGAUGCGGUGUUCGUACCCGUUGGUGGGGGUGGGUUCUUGGCCGGUAUCGCCAGUUACAUCAAGGCCGUCGCACCCCCGCACGUCAAAGUCAUCGGCGUAGAGACCUACGACGCCGACUGUCUCGCCCAAACGUUGAAAGCGGGCCAGAGGUUGAUGCUCCACGAGGUCGGAUUGUUCGCCGAUGGUACGGCGGUGAGACAGAUGGGCGAGGAGAGCGUCAGGGUUUGCGCGGCCUUGGUCGAUGAGAUCAUCCUCGUUUCCAACGACGAGUUGUGUGCGGCCAUCAAGGAUAUUUUCGAAGGUCAGGUGUUCGGACACGCCAAACGUUCUCGCCGUUUCCUAACUGAUGUGUUGGUUCAUGAACGCUGGGGCCUAGAUACGAGAUCGGCGCCUGAACCUUCGGGAGCGCUCGGCGUCGCCGGGAUGAAAAAGUACAUCCUGCAGAACAACCUUCUCGGCCAGGACAAGUGCUUCGUCCCUAUCGUUUCGGGUGCGAACCUCAAUUUCUCGAGGUUGAGAUUCAUUGCCGAUCGGGCUGAACUGGGAGAGGGCAAGGAGGCGAUGAUGAGGGUCAUCAUUCCCGAGACACCUGGGGCGUGAGUAGAGAGGAACUAGACUUGGGGAGAGCGCUACUUUUGUUGCUGAGACGUGUGAUUGGGGUUUUUUUUUUUGUUCCGGUCGCACAGCUUCCUUCAAUUACAUAGCGUCAUUCAUCCCCGAGCGGUAACGGAAUUCGUGUACCGUUACUCCUCCCCCACAAGAGCUUUCAUCUUCCUCUCCUUUUACCUCUCCUCCGCCUCUUCCUCCGCCAACAACAAUACCACCCAACCCGUACCUUCCAUCAACGGUACCUCGACUGUUCGACCCCUCACACCCGCCGAGAGAAGGGCCCAAGAACUGCAGAGCCUGAUCGCGACGUUCAAAACGCACCAGAUGAACGCGCUCGACAUUUCGGACAACGAGAUGGCCAAGAACCAUGCGAGGUACCUCGUAGGAGGAAGGAGCAAGGUCAACGAUGAGAGGGUGUUCAGGUUCGAGUUUCCGGAGAGACCGGGCGCGUUGAGGAAGUUCUUGGAAACGAUGGGGACGGGGUUCAAUAUCAGUUUGUUCCAUUAUCGCAAUCAUGGAGGAGGUUAGUUUAGUUCCAGACCGCCCGCGCUGGCGGUGGUGGCGCCCGUUCCUAGUUGUUUCGUUACGCCCCAAGGGGGCUCAAAGUUGAUCCCCCCCCCCCCCCACCUUUUUUUUCCCCUACUAGACGUCGGCAAGAUUCUCGCGGGAAUUCAAGUCGCACAGCAGGACGAACCCAAGUUUCAAGAGUGGUUACAUGGGUUGAGGUACCCUUACGUCGAGGAGACGGAUAACCCCGUUUACAAGGAUUUCUUGGACGAGGUGCAUGCGGAGGAUGAGUAG